AUGGUAAGAUCCAACUGUAGCUGGAUUGGGUCUGAGAUCCCUCUGUCAUCACAAUUCUUCAGUGCCAUUAAAGACGAGCUGUGGCUCUUCCUCAUCCCGGCCGGCCUGGCGCUCAUCCUGCUGGGUCUGUUUCUGGAGGAGGUGGGCUUCUUCUUGCGCCACAUUCCCUCAUCCAGACGAAAGCGGCUCUACCUGUGGAUAUUAGGAAUGUACCCGGUGUUUGCCCUGACCUCUCUCAUCGCGCUGUACGUGCCUCGCUCCUCCUCGCUGUGUAACUUCAUCGCCUCACUGUAUCACUCCACCACCUUGCUGAAGUUCAUGGGGCUGAUCACAGACUUCUUCGGGGGGAAAGCUCGUAUGUUGGCGGCUCUGUCUGGACACCAGGUAUCUCCAGACCCCUUCCCCUGCUGCUGCUGCUGCUGCCUGCCCAUGGUGGCCAUCAACAGCAGCAGCCGGGCCUGGAUGAUGGCGGCGGUGCUGCAGCUCUCGGUGGUCCGCAGCAUCUUGUUCUUCGUCACUCUGGUGCUGUGGACAGAUGAACAGUAUGACUAUGGUGAUGUGGACUCAGUCAAUCCCAACGUGUACGUCAACGGUAUCAUAUGUGUCUCUACCUUCGUGUCCUUCUACGGCCACCUCCUCUUUUACAAAGCCACUAACAGUGCUCUACAUGGCUACGGACUCAGAGCCAAGUUCAUCUGCGUCAUCGUGGUGUUGGUGCUGUGUGGCCUGCAGAGCGGCAUCCUGGAGACCAUGGGUGCUCUGGAGGUCAUCCCCUGCACCCCCCCUUUCUCUGUCCUGACCCGGUCCCAGUUGAUCUACCACUACUGUGUGAUAGUGGAGAUGUUCUGCAUCGGCCUGUAUGCCCGCCACACGUUCCGCAAGGUGGAGCCGAGCUUGGUGGAGGACAUGGAGGGAACCAUCAGUGCUACGCAGUUGGAAAAGGCUGUUCAAACAGACAACGUUCACACGAUGCUUCACAAGCCGGGCGGCCUCGUCAGCGCCUCCAACCCCAGCUACAGCAGCGACAGCGAGGACAGCCUGUGCAGGAUCGAGCACGCCCCUCUGGACGGAUUCCCCUUCCCUAAGGCCAGGGGCCACCAGCCAGGCAGGCCAGAACCAGGGGAGCCCAGGUCAGCAGAGGAACCCGGGACAAAUUGUUCCCACGUUAGUGUGAGGGCUGAUAUUAACUACCAGGUCUCUAAGGAUUUUACUGUAGUUUGA